UAUACAAGUCUAUACAAGAAGGUUCUAUUUUACUCAGUUUUAUAAACUAAGGAUUAAAAAAAGCACAACAUUAGCAGCAGCAGCAACAAAUUUUUAACACAAACCAGACGUUUUUACAACAAUUAUUAUAAAAUUUAUAAAACCACACAACAAUGGAAGCAAUUGCCAAACAUGAUUUCUCAGCAACAGCUGAUGAUGAGCUUAGUUUUCGUAAAAAUCAAAUUUUAAAGAUUUUAAAUAUGGAGGAUGAUUCAAAUUGGUAUCGUGCUGAACUAGAUGGCAAAGAAGGUUUAAUACCCAGCAAUUAUAUAGAAAUGAAAAAUCAUGACUGGUAUUAUGGUCGCAUAACUCGUGCUGAUGCUGAGAAACUAUUAUCCAAUAAACAUGAAGGCGCUUUUUUAAUACGUAUCAGUGAAUCCAGUCCGGGUGAUUUUUCAUUAUCGGUCAAAUGCCCCGAUGGUGUUCAACAUUUUAAGGUAUUACGUGACGCACAAGGUAAAUUUUUCCUUUGGGUGGUUAAAUUUAAUUCCCUCAAUGAAUUGGUGGAAUAUCAUCGAACGGCUAGUGUAUCAAGAUCACAAGAUGUUAAAUUAAGAGAUAUGAUACCUGAAGAGAUGCUUGUACAGGCUCUGUACGAUUUUGUGCCACAGGAAUCGGGUGAAUUGGACUUUAGACGUGGUGAUGUCAUCACUGUAACAGAUCGUUCUGAUGAAAACUGGUGGAAUGGUGAAAUUGGCAAUCGUAAAGGCAUUUUCCCAGCUACCUAUGUAACGCCAUAUCAUUCAUAAUUAUUGCUAAAUUAUAUUAAUAAUAAUAAUAAUAAAAAUUUCAACCACAACAAAAACAACAACAACAAACA